AUGAGGGCCCUCCAAGACGCGCUGUUCCGCCGAGCCCAACAGCCGCCAGCAGUUUUUGUUCCAGAUGGAACGAUCCAGCUCCUUCCCGAAGGGUGCGAGAUCAGACUCGAUACCGACAGCCAAGUCCCUUUCGGUGGUCAAGUUCUGCAGCUCCAGCCUUUCGAGAGGGAGCUGCCGCAGUGGAACCCACUGCAGAUGCCGACUCGCCUUGUCGGAAAAGUGAAGGCCUCCUUCACUGCCGCCCAAUACCGCAAUCCGGGCAGACGCGUCGAGCAGUUUGCGUGCCCUCAACAGACUAGCAGUCAGUCGCAGGCUGCUGAGUCUGCUCCCGUCAUUUUCUUGGUGGUCGACCCGCCAACCCCCACCGCUGGACGAGACGUCUUCCUCCACCCCAAGGCCAUUGCGCCGUUCUACUAUCUCGUCACUGAAGACAUCGUCAUCGAUAUCGAUGAUGUCGAGUUGACCGAAGACGCCAAUGAAGAGAUCAAGCGUCUUGAGAUCCUCGCAACGCUCCUGGAAAAUUGGGACACGGCCCUUUCUCUCCAAUUUUCAACCUUCGCGCUUCAGGCAAGAAACUGGCGCAGGGAGCGUCGUGAGUGGGAACUGGAGGCCGUGCAGACGAUCUUCCUCAGCGGAAACCUCGACAUGCUCGCCCCCACCUUCGGCAUCUCCGACUUGGUCAAUACCCGCCAGUUCGUCGACAUGGAGAACGAGCUGGACCAGCUCGGAGAUGUGGAGCCGUGGGAGAAGGUCUGGAACGAGGAGGCUUGUGCUGCCGCGCAGGUACACAACCAUCAUGUGAAGCACACCAUGUACAAGGUCAAGCGCAUCCUGUUCGACUUGAUCCCGGCGAGCGAGCGCCACCUCGAGCGCAACCGCGACCUCGUGCUGGAGAUGGGGGUGUACGCCCGUUUCCUGGCCAAGUUGGCGCGUGAGGGUUGUUGA